CUCACAAGCUGCUCUCUGCUCCUUGACGUGGCACUGGGCGCCGCCAUGCUGGUGACGUCACACGGUGCGCUGCCCGGCUGCUGAGAGAGCUAGCGGUAGGAGCUGGGGAGUGAGAGCAGGGAGAAAACGUGUUCACAUCUGACCAUGACAACCUUCCUGGAGUUUAUUCAGCAGAAUGAAGACAGAGAUGGUGUCCGUUUCAGCUGGAAUGUUUGGCCUUCAAGCCGCUUGGAGGCCACACGGAUGGUGGUUCCAGUUGCCUCUCUUUUCACACCAUUGAAAGAGAGACCUGACCUGCCUCCUAUACAGUAUGAACCGGUUCUUUGCAGCAGGACCACAUGUAGGGCUGUGCUCAAUCCUUUGUGCCAAGUGGAUUACAGAGCAAAACUGUGGGCUUGCAAUUUUUGCUAUCAACGAAAUCAGUUCCCUCCUACAUAUGCUGGAAUAUCUGAGGUGAACCAACCUGCCGAACUCCUACCCCAGUUUUCAAGCAUUGAAUAUGUAGUGCAGAGAGGUCCUCAGAUGCCACUGAUCUUUCUUUACGUGGUGGACACUUGCAUGGAAGAGGAAGACCUUCAGGCCUUGAAAGAAUCUAUGCAGAUGUCUCUCAGCUUGCUACCUCCCACGGCAUUGGUGGGAUUAAUCACCUUUGGAAGGAUGGUGCAUGUGCAUGAACUGGGUUGUGAAGGCAUCUCCAAGAGUUAUGUCUUCCGAGGGACUAAAGACGUGACGGCAAAACAGCUCCAGGAAAUGCUGUCAUUGCAAAAACCUCCAGCAGCACAAGCUGGCCGUGGACCUCAAGUUCAGCAGCCUCUUCCUUCCAACAGAUUUCUACAACCCGUACAAAAUAUAGAUAUGAACCUCACUGAUCUAUUGGGUGAGCUACAACGGGAUCCUUGGCCAGUCCUACAGAGCAAAAGGCCUCUGCGAUCAUCGGGAGCUGCCCUCUCAAUCGCAGUCGGGCUUCUUGAGUGUACAUUUCCUAAUACUGGGGCCCGGAUUAUGAUGUUCAUCGGGGGACCAGCCACUCAAGGGCCCGGCAUGGUAGUGGGAGACGACCUAAAGACCCCAAUCCGCUCCUGGCAUGACAUCGAAAAAGAUAAUGCUAAACAUGUCAAAAAGGCAACCAAGCACUUCGAAGCUCUGGCAAACCGCGCUGCUACAUCCGGCCAUGUGAUUGACAUCUAUGCCUGUGCGCUGGACCAGACUGGGCUCAUGGAAAUGAAGUGCUGUCCAAACUAUACUGGUGGAUACAUGGUAAUGGGAGAUUCUUUCAACACGUCCUUAUUCAAACAGACCUUUCAAAGGGUUUUUAACAAAGAUCCACAGGGCAACUUUAAAAUGGCAUUUGGUGGCACUUUAGAAAUCAAGACCUCUAGGGAGCUGAAGAUUUCUGGAGCUAUUGGACCAUGUGUAUCUUUAAAUGCCAAGGGACCGUGUGUGUCUGAAAAUGAGAUUGGAACCGGUGCCACAUGCCAGUGGAAAAUAUGUGGCCUGAGUACCACUACAACACUUGCAGUUUAUUUCGAGAUAGUCAAUCAGCACAAUGCUCCCAUCCCACAAGGGGGACGAGGUGCAAUCCAAUUUGUGACUCAGUAUCAACACUCGAGUGGACAGAAACGGAUCCGCGUAACCACAGUCGCAAGAAACUGGGCUGAUGCUCAGACACAGAUACAAAACAUUGCUGCAUCUUUCGAUCAGGAAGCCGCUGCAAUCCUUAUGGCCAGGCUGGCUGUGUAUAGGGCUGAAACCGAGGAAGGUCCAGACGUCCUAAGGUGGCUGGACCGGCAGCUGAUUCGACUGUGUCAGAAGUUCGGAGAAUACCACAAAGAUGACCCCAACUCCUUCCGGUUUUCAGAGACUUUCUCUCUCUAUCCACAAUUUAUGUUCCAUUUGAGGAGAUCUCCAUUCCUGCAAGUUUUUAACAACAGCCCUGAUGAAAGUUCCUAUUACAGGCAUCACUUCAUGCGGCAAGAUCUUACCCAGUCUUUAAUAAUGAUACAGCCAAUACUUUACUCGUACUCUUUCAGCGGACCCCCAGAGCCAGUGUUGCUGGACAGUAGCAGUAUUUUGACUGACAGGAUCCUUCUGAUGGACACAUUUUUCCAAAUCCUCAUUUACCAUGGAGAGACCAUAGCACAGUGGAGAAAAGCAGGCUACCAGGACUUGCCAGAAUAUGAAAAUUUCCGCCACUUGCUGCAAGCCCCGGUGGACGACGGGCAGGAAAUCCUUCAUUCCCGUUUCCCAAUGCCUCGCUACGUAGAUACUGAGCACGGAGGCAGCCAGGCUCGCUUUCUGCUCUCUAAAGUGAAUCCAUCCCAGACCCACAACAACAUGUAUGGCUGGGGACAGGAGUCUGGAUCUCCGAUACUUACGGAUGAUGUCAGUCUACAGGUUUUCAUGGAUCAUCUAAAGAAACUGGCUGUUUCCAGCGCUGCCUAAAAAAAACAAAACUUCUAAUUCCCCUCCAUGGGAACGUUAUUGAUUCCUACUCCGAUAUCUUUGUAAGGGUCCUGAAUGCUGAAAAAAAUGACUGCUCCUCCAUCUACUCUUCUUCCUCAACAGAACAACAUGUCUGUGACGAUGAACAAUUUCUAAGAGCGAAAUCUAAGAGCGAAAUGAACAAAAAAAUAAAUAUGUGAAUUUAACACACACACUUCGGAGUACACUUAGUACUUCAAGCUGCGAAAAGUAGACGGUAUUUUGCAGCUGUAGCCCAAGAUGUCCGUAUAGAUAAUAUUUUGAGUAAUUAAGUAAGAAGGGAAAUAGCUAAAAUAUUCAGCGUCAAAGUAAAUACACACUAAAAACAAAACACUACAUUAGCAAUUUUCCAACAGAUGGCAUCUGCAGCAUAUUGCUGUACAAUAUGAUAAAGCGUUGGAUUUGCAACCCCCCUACCAUAUGCGCUGCCCUUUCUUACGUCAGUUAUCCUUUCCUCUGUGUGUUUUUUUUACACAUUUGCUCGUAAGUUGCUCAACAAUGCUUUGAAAUGUUAGUCAGUAUUCUACAUUGUUGAUUCCAUAUAUUUUUGCAUGCAUUAUUUUGCUGGUUUGUUUUGUUGUUUUUUUUUUGUUUUUUUUCCUUGCAUUUUAUUUCCUCAACUCAUUCUUGUAAUUAUGGAUUUGAAAGACACCAAUUAUGGCUUAUGUCUUGCGUGUAGUGUUUCUGCUGGGUAGCCAGAGGCUUUAUUUAAAGCGGUAUAUUUCUACGAUAUUUCUUUAGUCCAGAAAGACACAGAAAAGUUUACAUUUUCAUGUUUUAGCCCAUUACUUGCUGCCUAGUUAAAAUAAGAAAUAUUAUAUAUAGCUAUAUAUCCACUGCUUAAUUUCACUUUGUACAAGUUAAAAAAAAUAAAUAAGCUUGUCUGCUAAUCAUCACAACAAACAUAGCAUACAAUGCAAGGUGAUGUUUUAAACCAAAGUUGAUUUUGAUGGUUUGUAGUCGUGAGCAUUACAUUUUGCCAAUGGUUGGCAAGGGAUUUAACAGAUUUAGAGAUUUUAUAAAAUAGUCUCUUCAGUUUACACCUGUUAUAAUGACAUCAUGUAAACAGUGAAAUGCUUACUUUCUGUCUUAUUCAAUCGUUUGAAUAAAAUGACUGAUAUCCUCUUGGUGCCUUUA